AUGCGAGCACACGAGAUUCUCUUGCAGACCGAGUGCAACUACACGGGUGCGCAGCCAUACUGGGACGAGUUGUCAACCACCGAGGCCAUCGCUGCCGGAAUUGCUUUCAAUGAGUCCGCAUUGUUUGAUCCUGAUACCGGAUUUGGUGGCACUGGCACCGGUGAUGACCUUUGUGUGACAGAUGGUCCGUUUGCCAAUCUGACCCUGCACAUGAACCGCACGAGCAACUACGCCGAUUACUGCCUCAGCCGAGAUUUUAGUCCGACAUCCAUCCAGAAUGGCAAUAGCACAUAUGUCGAUGCAUGCUUCGCAUCUUCCAAUUACUCUGAAGCCUGGCAAUGCUACAAGUCCAAGCCCCACAUCGCUGGCCAUGCAGCCAUAGGCGGAACGAUGCUGGAUGGAUCGGGGAGCCCUGGAGAUCCACUGUUCUUCCUGCACCAUACCAACCCUGAUCGACUCUGGUGGGAAUGGCAGCAAGUCAACCUUGCAGCUCGAUCGACAGAUAUGACUGGCCGCAAUGUGCCUCUGGCAAACUUUCUUCUGACGAAUGAGGUUCCGUAUCCCAGCGCCGCCGUCCUGGACUAUGAUGGAGACCCGGGCAACACGACAACUCUGAAUCACACACUUUGGAUGGUUGGGAUCAUCCCGAACGCUACGAUUGCAGAUGUGAUGGACUUUGGUGGAGAUCUCAUUUGCGCUGAGUAUGUUUGA